AGUUCCGUGAUGUUAGACGGGGUGGAUGAACGUGGUCAAGUUUUUGUCACACUUGUGGUGAAUUUUCCGAGACAAUGUGAAAUAAAUUUUUGAAUGGGUUUUGAUUGUGCACCAUGGCCAUACUUCAUUCUUGUUGUCUGUGGAAGUCUGUGCGAAAGGGCAGCUAUGCCAGUGUCAUUUACACCCUGAUCUAUUUUUCUGCGUCAUGCAUCGUCGUUGCCGUCUUUCUCCACGAUGAACGCAGCUACUUAAAGGGAGAAGUGGAGAGACCAAGAGGAGAAAGUAUCCUCGAGAAAGAGGAAAUUUCUCCGACGACUGUGAUAUUUAAUAUUCUGCUGCUGAUCUGUGCAUCUUGCGGCGUUAUAUCAUCGAUCCUUGUUAUUGUUGGCCUUAGAACGAACCAGAGAGAACUCCUUUUGCCAUGGAUAUUCAUAAUGCUGGCUGACAUUAUUGUAGAAUGCGCCCAUUUUGUCUAUUUAGUCAUCUUGCAGACGCUCAAAUUUGAACCACUAACAGCCACACUAUUCACAAUAGAUUUCUUCAUAAUGUGUCUCAACAUUUAUUGCUUGCUUUGCGUUAUAUCGCAAUAUCAGGAAUUUAAGGAGGGUCGCGGAAUUGCUGAAACACCAAAGAAUGUCUAUGGCCCAUACCAAAGUGUUCGGUAUGUUCCACCAACGCCAUCAAGCACAUGCCCCAACAGUCAACGACCAAACCAUCGACACCUCACGAGCCCAACUAUCUGUCCACAUACGAAUUGUACGAUUAUACCGGAAGAAACACAACUCAACGGAUCUCUCGGUGUAAUUCACAUAUCCUCCCCAUUUCACCAAAGAACGAAAAAACAGUCGAAGCGACACGUUCAAUUUCCCGAUGAUGCGAAAUGCUGUUCCGAAUCAUCAGCAUUGAGUGACGCAAAUGGAAAUGGUCACACACUCGUGAUAGACACCCUGCCAGAAUAUAGCGAGGACAUACUCACUUGGCAGAAUAAUCAGCAUGAGCAGCAGUGUGGCACCUACUGAAGAAUUUAAUGUUUAUUUUUUUAGGGAAAAUUAUACGAAUUUCCAAUGAGAAGGACAAAAAAUAUUACGCGAGUCUUUGUUAAUAAAUUUCAUCUCAAAACGGAGAUAUUUUUUUUUAUUAAGUAACAUUUAUGCAUUUAAUAUUAAAAUAAAAUAAUUCAUACUUGUGUAUGUGUAUGUAAUUUUAAAACAAAUUUGCUCUAUUACUUUUGCAAGAUGAGGUUUCACAACAGUAUAGUGAUCAAUUUUCAUUUAUAUAACUUAAAGUCAGAUGUGUAAGAGGAACAAUGCUAUAAGUAAUAGAUUUGAUUGAACGAGCUUAUCAAGGAGAAAAUGGCAUGAUUUGAUGCGAACGAAUAUUUGUGAGGAACAAUUUCAAUUACAAUGUGAAUAUAUUGUAAAGGUAAACAUGAAAAAUUACACAUUUUUUAUUACAGUAAAUAUGGAAAAUUAUACCAUAUUCAUUUUGAUGACUAGUUAUUGUACUAAAAAUGCAAUAAGCAUUUUAAAGGAGGUAUUUGUAUCAGAUAGAUAUAAAUAAACGUAUAAUAAAUCAGAAAUAAA